CCACCGUUAUAGAGAUUCACAAGGAGUGUCUUAGUUUACCACCCCUAAAGCAAAAUAAUUCCUUUUUUGUGACGGUCGAGCUCGGAAUCGGACUCGAACUUGUGUGGCUGGAGAAAGCUGGCAUUGAAAUGACAGAGCCAAAAUGUCGAUAUCAAAAUUAUUCGUGAAAGUAUUCAACGAGGAUAUAUUCGAGCAGGUGGACCACGAUAACCUGUACUCCGAUCUGGACGAUGACUUGGAGGGCGCUAAUUGCUCGACGGUUCCGGAUCCGAGACCCGCAAAGCUCGCCGAUUUGUCUGUUACCAAGCAGAUGCUCAUAGUGCGUACUUGGCUAGAUGACAAGUUCCAGCAAAUCCAGACCGACAGCAAUGAGGAGAUUCGGCGCCUAUACAUGGAGACAGAGAGUCGCAUUGGCCCGGAUCUGACCAUAUUCGAUGUGGACUAUACGACUACGGUGCGCGUAUCCUCGGAUCGUCUGGCCCUGCGCUCCCAGGGCAGCUUCAACACGGUCCGGGCAAAUUGUUGCGUGUACGGAGGUCGCUGGAUGUAUGAGAUCCACCUUCACACUAAGGGCGUAAUGCAGAUUGGUUGGGCCUCAAACUCCUGCCAGUUUAACGAAAACAGCGGGGUGGGGGAUACCAAGUCCAGCUAUGGAUACGAUGGCAGCAAACAGCAGAUCUGGCAUAUAUCCACCAAAAAGUACGGCGACAAAUGGCAGAUUGGCGACGUUAUUGGCGUGACUAUUGACGUGGAUAGGGAAGUGAUCGAGUAUUAUCGAAAUGGGCGUUCGAUGGGCGUGGCGUUCAACAAGUUGGAAAAAGGUCCGGGCAUCUCAUUCUUCGCAGCCAUCUCCUUGGGCUACACGCAGGGCAUCGAGGCGAACUUUGGCAAUCGUCCCUUUAUGUAUCCGGUAUCGGGCUUCCAGCCGCUCAUGGCCCGACCUAUCCUUAAGCUGCAACGCGCCAACCUGCUGAUGAACUACUUGGUCAACCUCGCUGGCAUCUUUUCAAAGUACAACGCCCAAUCUGGGAUGGCACCAACGACUGGCGCAGAUGCCCGCGUUUCCACUAAAAAGACCGUUUACUGCAUAUUUGCCACCUUGCUGAUUGAGAAGUUCACCAAUGAGAUAUUUGAUCCGUAUAUCAUUGAAGAUGUCCUGCUCAGAAAGAUCUCGAGCAUGACAAAUCUAGCAUCCGAGAAGGAAAAUUCAUACAGCGUACUCCACGGCUUGUUAUCUCUCUUCUGGAACUACAUGGAGGGCGACGAGAUCAAGUUUGUGUUGCGGAAGUUGGUGAACGCUUUGCUGGGUACUUUUACGCAUACGAUACAGGGCCUGGACUAUGAGAAGCAUCGCCAGGCGCUCGGAAUGCUGCAUUGCCUUUGCCUGCACGAACAGACCAGAAAGUAUCUGCUGGAAGGAAAACUGUUCAAAAAACACUGUCUCGCCUUUUUCCUCUACAUACAUCCACUGGAGUUCUACAUCAUGGAGGAACUGCUGCCCGACAGUAUGGCCUGGACGGAGGGAAUCGAUGGCCCCAAGGAAAAAUAUCUGAACGUUGUCGAGAAAGUGCGCAAAGUCACGGAGCCACUGUAUGCUGCCCAAAAGGAUCUUCUCAGCACGCUGUUGAUCAACUCGGAUGGAUCAAGGGAAAGUCCGUCAAGCCGCUCAAUAUUUUUGAGCAAAUUGCGUCGUUACGUAAUCGAUCUUAGCAUGGAGCAAAGGCCCUUCCACGCCUUUUUCUUCAUGCAAUCGAGCAUUCAGCAUCCACUCGAUGCGCCUGUGGCCCUUGCCUUUGCUAGCAUUCUUAUUGAUCAGACGCGCUCAAUGUUCAAAGAUGAAAUGCCCACAAAGAACGUGGAGGUGAACAGCGACUAUUUCAUAGACGGUACCUUUGACUACAUGCACUUUGAUCGCGUUGGAGGUGUCUUGUCCCAUUUAAGAAAAGUUCAUCGGGCGGACAUCGAUGCUAGGUUGGGAUCCGCUCGAACUCAACAAAUUUAUGAAGAUGAUAGGCAAAACUUGAGGGUCAAUGAAGUGGAUACUACGCUUUACCUUUUGGGCGAAAACAUAAACAAUGUGCCUGUAGUUGGACACACUCAGGGCGCCAAUAAUACAACCUACACUCAUUUCCUACCGGGCAACGCGGAUAUGGAGGCCAGCCUGUGCGAACUCCUUGAUCUGUGUAUAAUCUUUUACUACUCGGCAGGACACAAGUAUAUAGUAAAGAUAGCCACGGUAAGAGACGAGAUCGCAGCUCUAAAUGAAGUACUUAAAGAAACGAAGUUCUACCGGGAGGAUAUCGAACGUAAACUUGGGGCAUUGGAGCAGCAUGCCAAUGUGUGCAUGAACGAGAAUCACCAGCAUGUGAUGGGCGAGCUACGGUCUAAGUUCAGUCAGCGGCAGAAUGUUUUUGCUACACGAUCUAUUGCGCUGGCCAGAAAGCAAGUUUGGCUACGAGGAGUGGCCCUGAACAGUCACAGGCGAUCCCUGCUUAUAUGGCUACUAGAGCGCAUGCUACGAACUUUGACGACUGCUUCAAAUACGGGUUCUCUGUUCUCAUUUGUACCUGAGGUGUAUGUUAAUACACUGCCUAUUCUGCUGGACGCCGUAAUGGACUUUAGUCACCAUGAUUUAAAAGCCCAAUUCGAGGCCUCAGAUGCGGAAUGCAGCGUGAACGCUGCAGCGGAGUUUCUAGGCAUUCACUCAGCAGAUCCUCGCAUUGUGCUUGCCUCCUGCAAGGACUCACUGCUGCAAGCUUUGGGGACGCUCACCUGCCACAAGUCCGGAGUGCGAGCUCUGGAACGAACUUCGAAGAGGUCUCAGGCUAGUCUGGUUCGUGCCCUGCUACGUCCCUAUGAAAACAGAGCCUGGGGACAGAGCAAUUGGCUGCUGUUGCGCUUUUGGAUGGGCGAGGGCUAUGCCUACAAGGAUUCCCGCCAGCCCUCUGUAUGGCAAGGUGGCUCGCUGCCUCUCCAUCAGGGACUAUGCCGCAGUCGUUCCAGAAACGAAACGCAUACAGGAUUGCUGCACAACGUCGCUCCCGCUAAUCCCUCAAAGCAUUUUCAACGUUUAAUCGGCGCCAAAUUGUUGGAGGAUGAGCCUUUCGCCACCGCCUUUCUGAACUCGGUGUUGAGCCAACUAAACUGGGCUUUUUCCGAAUUUAUUUUACUGCUGCAGGAGAUCCAAAACACCGCUCAAAGGCAGGAAAACACACUUUUUGAGCCCAAGCAGCUUAAGAUUUGCUCCAUGUGUUUCGAAUUGACUGUUUCGCUGAUGCGAUGUCUGGAAAUGGUCAUCACAACUGCGCCUGAAAUCGUCACGGAUGAAUCUCGACCUAACAGCGAUUUGCUGCUGAAUCGCAUAUGUCAGCUUAUUAGCCAGGUGCUUUCGCGGGUUACAGUGCCACCCGGAUGCUUCCAGUUCGUAGUGGACAUGUGCUCGGCGGAUCUAAAUGCAGUCACCCACUAUCCCAUUGUGACUGCUGCUUUGGGUAUAUUGCUAGCCUUAAUGCAGGAAGAGAUGGAGAGCGAUUUGAGACCUCAGAUUGUAACGCGGGUAUCCCGGGCUUUUCUCACCGAUCCGAGCUUCCAGUUUGCCACGCUAGAAUUUGCACUGGGAGAAAUCCGAACGCCGCUGCUGGAGCAGAAGAAUAUACCACGAGGUAAUUUCGAUCCCUCUUCCAGGCCGCACAUUGAUCCGCUGACAAACGAUGUACGUGUGCCGCUGCCUAAUAAUUCCAAACGUAUUCGUGCCGAUCCGCCAAUCCUGAAGUUUGCCCUCAAUGAUUUUCCCUCCCAUGUGUCCUCUGAAGAAAUCGACAAUGUUCGCAGGCUUAUCGAUAGCUUGCGAGUGAAACAGACUCUGCUUUCCGACAUUACACUGCCAUCGGAGGACUCCCUGUGUCCGAUCUGCUGCGCCAAGCCCAUCACUGCCGUCUUCACGCCCUGCAAGCAUCAGUCCUGCAGCGACUGCAUCAUGCAGCACAUGAUGAACUCCAAGGUGUGCUUUUACUGUAAGACCACCAUACAAACCAUUGAGACUCUGGAUGGUACGGUCAUAUAUUCCAACGACGAUGUCGUCCAGACGCCAAUGAUCGAGCGGGCCUAAGGCAAAACCCACCGAUAGCAAUCAAGGAAUUAGUCCUUCGAAAGCCCAACCAAAUCUAGUCAAACUCCUACGCUUUAAGUGUAUAUAUACAUAUAUUUGGGUACAUUAACUUGUAUCGUUUCGUACAAUUUUUGUUUGAGUUGUAUGCUUGCCAUUAUAAGUUCAGAUGUGAUAUGCCGAAAUGCAAUGAAAAGAAGUUUAAAUAAUGAGCUAUUAAACGGAUAACUCAGAAAUA